AUCAUUGUUUUCUUGGUUCAAUUUGGAAUUUACUUUCUCAUCAGGUAUUCUUAUGUUGAUAUCAAAACAAAACGAUGUGUUUUGAUUCAGCAUAAUACAAUAUGUUUUAUGGAAUAAAAGAUUAGGGAAUUAAAUAGAGGAUAAUGUAAUAGUACAAUGCCUUAAUUACAUUGGGACCUAAUUUGAAAAAAAAAACUUGCAAGUUGAGAGCCUGAUUAUGGUUUUUGUCAAAAAGAAAAUUUUAAAAAUACUUUAAAAUAAAAAAUAAUUAAAAAAAUUAAAAAGCAACCAAUAUUAUAUUUUUGAAAAAAAAUUAAAAUUAUAUUUUUAAUAUUUUUAUACAGUAAAAAAAAAAUUAUACCUUAAAUUUUUUAAUAAAAAAUAAAAAAAUAUAAAUAUUGUUGUUAUUUUUAUAUAUAUAUAUAUAAAAAAAAAAAAAGCAAUUCCCCGUUUCCUGGAUGUUUGAUCCCCUUCAGCUUUGGCCUCUAUUUUGUACUCUGAUUUUUCUUAUUCUGGUUUUUCAAUUUCCUCUUGAUAAAAAUGAAAGAAUAAAAAGGACUAACGCCUAACGCCCACACAAUGCAGGCCUCCAUCAAGCCCCAGACACACGGAAUCCAUUAAGGAAUCCAAACACAACGUUACAUUACCUAAUAACUUCCAAAACUAAUAAUAAUAGGAAGAAGAAAAGAGAAACCGAGAAAUACCCAGAAGAAGGUAAAGGAAAAUGGCGAGUGAAGGAGAGGUGGCAGUGUCAGUGAGGAACAAGCAACUGAUAUUCAAAGACUAUGUUAGUGGUUUUCCUAAAGAAACAGACAUGUUCUUAGCGACUUCCUCGAUUACCCUCAAAGUACCACAAGAAUGUAGCAAGGCUGUUUUGCCUAUAAAAUCACUGGGAGUAGCUAAAGUGGUGGAUUCUGCACAUCCUGAGUUUAAAGAAGGUGAGUUAGUAUGGGGAUCAAUCGGGUGGGAAGAGUACACUCUUAUAACAGCAACCGAGGGCCUCUUUAAAAUAGAGCAUACUGAUAUGCCACUUUCCUAUUACACUGGAUUGCUUGGUAUGCCUGGCAUGACUGCUUACUUUGGUUUCUAUGAUGUUUGUUUUCCUAACAAAGGAGAUCGUGUCUACAUUUCAGCUGCAUCAGGUGCAGUUGGUCAGCUUGUUGGUCAGUUUGCCAAGUUGUCGGGUUGCUAUGUUGUUGGAAGUGCUGGAAGUAAGGAGAAGGUUGAACUGUUGAAGAACAAGUUUGGUCUUGAUGAUGCUUUCAACUACAAAGAGGAGCCUGACUGGGAUGCAGCCUUGAAAAGGUAUUUCCCCGAAGGCAUCGACAUUUACUUUGAGAAUGUUGGGGGCAAAAUGCUUGAUGCUGUACUUCUAAACAUGAGAAUUCACGGUCGCAUAGCUGUUUGUGGAAUGAUCUCUCAGUACAAUCUCGAGAAGCCUGAAGGAGUGCAUAAUUUGAUGACUAUUGUCUAUAAGCGGGUCCUUAUCAAAGGAUUUGUUGUUACGGAUUACUUCAACCAGUAUUCCAAGUUCCUGGACUUCGUCUUGCCGCUAAUCAGAGAAGGGAAGAUAACUUACGUGGAAGAUAUAGCUGAAGGCCUGGAGAGUGCUCCUGCUGCUCUGGUAGGCCUUUUCAGUGGCCGCAAUGUCGGGAAACAAGUAGUAGCAGUUGCCCGUGAGUGAUUAUUUAGCCUUUUUAACUUGUCACCGUUUCCGAACCUUGUAUUUUCAUAAUCCUGUCCAGUAGUCCACACAGUUAAUGCAUAUCGCGGGUUUCAGGAACUCUAAUUCAGUUAGCUUUCCUUGUUAUGAAUUAUGAAUGCUCCAGGGUGUAGGAAUUAUAGUGAUUUUUCAAAUAAUCAUUUUAUGGCCUGUAAAUUGGAUGCUUCUUGAUAAUUAUUUCUAAUCUUUGUUUUAUA